AUGGAGGACCGCGCCAAGCACGGCCGGGACGGACGCCACGAGGCGAUCCACGCGGACUAUACGUUGCGAAACGUGUCGUCUGAUAUGGUGCGUGGCGGCAGUGCGCCUGCCGGCGCAGUCGGCCAUCCCGGCACGCCCAUCGAUGUGGACAUUGAUCCCAGAAGACGCUUCUCGGCGACCUUGCCGCAUCGCGUGGCGUCAGGCGCGAGCAUUCCGGCGAGUGUGUCGACGAGCGACAUGGACAACGCUUCGGUGAUGAGCCGCAUCCCACCGCGCAGCUGGUCGUCCGAGAGGGGCGUGCCUUCGCCGCCGCCCAACUCGGUGUGGGACGCCCAGUCGAUUGGCAGCCAACCAGCGUCGAGGGCCACAACACACAUGGGCAUUGGGGGCCGCGCGCCUGCGCAGAACUUCCGCAUGCUCGGCGACCCUGGAUCCACGCAGGCGACGCCGCGCCCCGUCAUGGUCAAGGCCGAGCCGAGCUACGGCUCGCUUGACAUGGAGGCCGAGAUCCGCCGCCGACGCGCGCAGCAGCAAGCCGCAAGUGGCGCAUCGAUGCCCGGUGCACAGCUCGGCGGCUGGUACACCCCCAAGGUCGCGGCAGGUAUGGAUGCGCAGACCUCCACGAGCUCUGUCACGGUCGAUAUGCCCAACGUCGACAAGCCGAUGCCGCCGACGCCGAGCGUGCGCUGGGCGGUCGGAGAUAUCGUUGCGGACCCCAAGGACACCGGCAGCACGAGCAAGGAGCCAGACGGUCUCGGGCUGUCCAUGGCAUCGGCGGCCGUUGGGCCCGAGGCAAAGUUCGACGGUCCGCCGCCUACACCCGGCGUGGGCUAUGCCGCAAGCGCGACAGGAGGCUCGGCGGUAGGCAGCACCAAUGGCGAGCUGGCGACGAUUUUGCAGGCGCUCAAGCAGAGCGAGCUCGCGAGACAGACGCAGUUGCAGCAGCAGACCGAGAUCUCGCGCUACCUCAAUGAGCUCAACGCGUGGCUCGAGCGCGAUGUUGUCGACCGCUCCAAGGAAUGGCGUACGCUCGCCAGCGGUGUAACGCAGCUGCACGACGAGCUCAAGGCGCUCAAGGAGGGACGUCCACUGCCUGCUUCUGGGUCGGCGGCGAGCCUGCAAGACAAGGCUGGACCAGUUGGGCCGAACCCGCAUGCUGGCCCGACACAGCCGCCGACGCUGCUCCGGCCCGGGUCGACAGGCGCCGUGCCUGCGGUCACGGAGCGAGGCAAGCUGGCGCCGAUCCUUCUCAUGGGCGACAGCGCCAAUGCACCGACUUCGCCGGCACGAAAGCGGCCGGCAGGCACACGCAAGUGGAACGAACGCCGGAGCGCGUCGCCAUCAGCCGACGAGGGCGACCAGUCGUGGUACCAGCCAGACGACGCCGACGUGGGUGUCAAGAGCAGCUUCAAGUCCAAGGCAGCCAAGGCGGCCGCUGCUGCGAGUGGAGCGUUGCUGAUCAGGCAGGCGCUGCGCGAGUGGGAGCGCUUCAAGGUGAUGCAGCGGGCGGCGGGCAAGCCCGAAGAUCCGCUGCCGGCGGAAGCGACGGGCAACCCGGAGAUCGACAGCCAGCUACCGCUUCCGGCGACCACGCUUCAGGCGCUCAAAGACGCCGCGGACAGCGAGGACAACGUGCGGAUCGCCGGGCUGGUGCGCGAAUCGGCCGAAGCAGGCUACGGAACGCAGGCGAUCAUCGAGCUGACACGCUACAUCGAGAGCAAGGCGCCCGAGCCCGAAAGUGACGACACUGCAAGCGACGGAGGCCACCUGGACGGCGACACGCUCAUGCCGACUCCUUCGCCGUACCGCACGCGGUUUGCGGUGGGCGACGAGCCGACGAUCGGGAAGGGUGGCAACGAUGACGACGACGACGACGGCGUGGUCAAGAUGCAGACGCCUGUGCCGGCGCGUGUGGCCGUGGUGGCGGACAAGGUCAAGGAGAAGGAGGAGGAGGUGGAGAGCGGCAGUGGACCCACUACUUCUGCGCUUGCGCUGGCGGUGGAAGAGAUCCUGAAGCAUCUGCUGUUGAGCAAGGAGGAGGAGAAGAAGAAGCAGACGGAGGCGCAGCAGCGCGAAGCGGAGCGCAAGCAGGCGGAGGAAGAGCGCCAGCGGUCGCUGCUUUCAGACAAGGAGCGCGAAAAGGCGGAGCUGGUGGACCUGCUGUACAGCCGCAUUGCGGCGGACAAAGCCGCCGAGGAGCAGAAGCAGAAAGAGCUGGACCCCAAGACGGCGAUCGAGUCGCUGGUUGCCGCGAUCAACGCGCAGAAGGAGACCGAGGUCAAGUCGGCGCAGGCGGCGGAUGCGGCGCUGCGGCAGAUGACGAGCGAGCUGCUCAAGACGACGAGCGAGCAGAACGCGAAGCUGGUGGAGGCGGUCAACGCGGCGAGCCGGGACAUGCUGCGGAGCAACGUGCAGAUGCACGCCGAGGAGUUCAAGCGGCUGCUGCACAAGGAGGUGAGCGGCAUGUUUGAGGACGUGGGCAAGAUCCGCGAGGCCAAACGCCAUCUCGAGUUUGAGAUCGCCGAUCUGUGGAGCAUCAAGAGCCGCCACCUGCACAGUGGCGGGCCCAUGCCGAUUGGAUACAAUGUGCCCGGCGCGUUUCCGGCGAGUCCGCCGGUGGGGUUCGGCCCGCCCAUGUCGAUGCCCAUGCCGCAGAUCAUGCCGAUGCCGAUGCACAUGCCGGCGCACGCGCCCGCGCAUAUUUCGCCCAUCCCCGCGCCUGCACCGGGCCCGGCACCGGCUCCUAACGCUGCAGCGGGCGUCGACUCGCUGCGUGCGCAGAAGAAGGCGGUCAAGGCGGCGCUCAAGCAGGCGGUGGCUGCGAGUGCGCCCGCCGCUGCUGCACCUGCACCUGCGCCUGCGGCAGUGACGCCUGCACCCGCACCCGCACCCGCACCUGCCGCCGCUGCCGCUCCCGCCCCCGCAGCAGCGCCUGCAGCAGCAGCAGCGCAGGUGGCAGCUGCCGCCAUGCCGGCGUUUUUGGCCAAGAAGAAGGACAUGCUCAAUCCGUUUUCGAUCAACUUUGGCCCGCGGGCGCCGGCGAAAUAA